AUGCAGAACACCUAUGCAUCGUCGUCAGCGUUACGCAUAAUGGCGGUGUCGUUUCCGCGUUACGGCGUGCGUACCUUUUUUCGCAAUGAACGUCCUGUGGAAGUUUCAGUUUCAGCAGAUGACACGAACAGACGACAUGCUUCUCACGGCAAAUGUGACACGAACAGACGACAUGCUUGGAGUCGAGAUGAGCACUUGAAAGUACUUUCCUGGAACAGUGGACAACAAUUCGUGGACUACACACCUAGGCCAGAAGCCUCAAGGAAGGAAGCGCUAUAA